AUUAUUCUCAGGAUUAGUAUUAUGUGCGUCUUUGAGUCUUGACUCCUUGUGGAUCAUGAUUUUGUCAUAGGGAUCUCUGCUGUGGUCGCGGUGGAGUUGUCCUGCCCACUUUGUGCCUCAUCGCAGUGCAGUCCUGCUCGGCAUUAUUCUCUGUUAUUCUUCUUUUAAGACUCGCCAAUUCCCCUGAUCCGGCCUGAUUGACCCGGUCAGAAUAACUUCAUCUCGUCUCGUCUCGUCUCGUCUCGUCCAGAUCGACGCCAUUCGCGCAUCCAGGGUCAGCUCAGCCGCGCUCGUCCAACCAAGGCUCCAGUUCGUCGGAUCCGGCCAUUCCUGCAUCCAUCCCUUCUCCUCCUAUUCCUCUGUUUCCCCUCCCUUCGUGUGGACGCCCUCCCUUGUCCUCGCUCUUCGGCUUUACUGUUUCCAUCUCAACUUGUCUCUCCUUUAUUCUCAGAUCGUUCUCAUCCUCGGUUCUUUCAUUCACUUUGUCCUCGCUGCAUUCCUUUUUGCUCACCAUAUAACCGCCAGCAACUCGUGCCACAGAACAGAAGACACAGGAGGAAAGGGAAAACAAAUAGAAAAAAGAAAAGGGAACAAAGGGUUAUCCCCUGUUUUAAUCUACUGUCCGCGAAACCUGCACGACGAGGAUUCCGGCUUCUCCAGUCAUUCCCUCUUACUCGGAACGAACCUCUGCGAGCGAACUUCGAUAAGACCCAAUCCAUCGGUUCUCCCGUUGCAACCUGCGAACGAAACCUGGUUCGGCGGGCGUGCAGCCUCUCCAACAGGACCGAUACACUCCUAUUCCGGCGGGCUCCAGGUCUCUGGACCGCUUCUGUGCGACCUAAUCUGACAUCACGAGAAUUUGGUUUCCUCCACUGUUAAAUAUUAGACGCAAACACUCUCCCUUCUCAGCCCUCCCACUACCAUAGCAUAUCUAUUUCGCCUUGUAUGGCUGGCGUUCAGUCUCCGCCCAAAAUGACCGACUUUCGACCUCCCAUGCAUCAUGGGGUUCAUCGGAAGCCUUUGCCCCCAACAACGCAACACGCAUACUCUUUUCAGGUUGGCGAUGCCCCUCCGUUCCAGCAGCCACUCGUCCGUCAUCCCUCAGGCCCCUCGUCCACUGCUGGCCGCACGCGUACCUCGCUCUCAAGUACGAUGCCGUAUGCGACCGCUCCAAUCUAUCCUACAAAGCCCCCCCUGCCGCAUACCAUGACUACUCCUGUCAAUUUUCCACCUACGAGACGCCUGUCAAGCGGUACAACCUCGACUAGCUCGACGGGAAACUUUGGCUUCCAAGGUCCCCCGAGUGCGAACGUGGAUGUUCACCGAAGCUCCUCAUCACGUUCCACUAAUGCCCAACUGGGAUACGUAGCGCUGAUGCGCAGACAGAAGGCGACCGUUUGGUGCGACCGGGCACAGCCAGAAGAUCCUCGGAUCCGCGCUCAGAAACUUGCAGAAAAGAAGCGAGCGUACCGCGAGAUCAAUGUGGCGGGCAGCCGAGUAGGCACUCACGGAAGUGGCAAGACCAAACACAAAGACAAGGGCACGACUGAGUUCUCACCAUCGACACUCGUUAGCGGUGCGGUACCGGUGCGGCUUAGUGCCAACGAAGUCGGUGAUGAUGCCGAUGAUGAGAUUCCCAUGGACGGUAAUUUGCCUCAUCGUCGGACGGGCAGUGGCCGUAGUUCCCAGAGCGGUCGCUUUCCUAGCGGAUACCAACGACCCAAUCCAGGCCCUACGAGUAUCAGUGGCACACCCCCUCCGAACGAGAAGACGGAUCUACCAGGUGUUUCAGAGAAGCAGGAGCAUGAGCAGGAAGCAAAGAACGAGUCACAUAGCAGAUUCGAUGAUGAUGACAACAGUAUCGGAAGUGAGCCGGAGGAAAGCUUUGGAACUGUGGGCGAUAUGGCUGCACCUCGAGCGGCUUUGACUGCGGUUCAGAAGGCAAAGAGGGCAGACGAAUUACGACGAAGUGGUAGUGUUGACGAUAGAACAACGUCCUUGACAGGCGUGAGGCUCUUUGUUGCCAAUCCAGAUUUGAGUGAUUAGGCUGGGGUCUUUUUCUUAUUUCUUCUGCAGUGGCGUUGGUGUUUCGAGAGCGUCGUCACACUGGAUUGUCGAAGACAGCCUUUUGCGCCGCGUCACUAAGACCAGUGGAUGCUUCAACCUGGGCCAAGACAGUGUUCUGUUUUUGGGGGCUUCUUUGCUCGGCGGCUUCGUGGAUUCGAGGUCUUGAACGACAAGCCGUGUGUGAUGUCGAUGAUCUUGUUGGUUUUUUACAGUCUCUUUUCAUUUCAUUUCAUCUUCUACCCCAUUAUGGCAAUGUUUGAUUGCGACCUUUCUGGACUUAAUUCCCUCAUCUCAUGUUCGUGUUCGAUUACUGGUUUAAUCCUUCCUGCAUGUGCUUUGCAUAGUGCUCUUACGACCCAGGUUGAAUCUGGUCUUCCUGGAAUUGUUCUCCUGAUUUCUGCCCACUUGCAUUACGACUCUUCUUGUUUCUUCACUGGUACCUCUGGGCCAUUGCUCAUACCUUUACACAGCUCGCUGGCAGAUCUAGCCGUAAUAAUAACAACCGAAUUGUACAUACGAAUUGCAUAGUAGUUGGU